AGACUGGUUCCUAGUGCAAUUUACGACAGGACUAAAAUACAUUAAAUCAUGAUUUAGGCUAUCAAAAGAUAAAGGAUUGAUCAAUUGUUUUAAAUGAAAUCGAUAGAUGAUACGUGAAAUUUGUGUUUUAAUGGACUUGUAGGGAAAAAACAGCUAUACAACAAAAAAGUGUUCAAAGUAUAAUAAGAAAUGGACACUGCCCCAUCCCUUUUCACGAUUGAGAGAAGGACAGUUCUUAAUGAAGUUACAGAAGUUGAUGAAGAUCCAUCAGAAGUUCUUAAAAAUACCAAUGACACAAUUGAAGAGGACCAAUACGAGGCUGAUAAUAUUCUAGAGACGGACUCUACACCUUUGGACUUAUUUCAGGAUCCAGAAGAACCAAAUGAAAGAGGACAAUGGACCAAUAAAUUGGAAUUUCUGUUUACCUGUAUAGGCUAUGCUGUAGGCUUGGGCAAUAUAUGGAGAUUUCCAUAUCUCUGUUAUAAAAAUGGAGGUGGAGCGUUUAUAAUACCAUACUUUGUGAUGCUGCUAUUAAUUGGUUUACCAAUUUUCUUCCUUGAGUUAUCCUUUGGCCAAUUUGCAAGUCUGGGACCGUUGACAAUUUGGAAAAUAAAUCCAUUGUUUAAGGGCAUUGGCUAUGCCACUGUGGCCACUGUAUGGCUAUUUGAUAUCUAUUACAAUGUAAUAGUAAGCCAUAUUCUAUUCUUUCUCUGUGCAUCUUUUAAAUCCAUUUUUUCUGGAAUACCAUGGGAUAAUUGUAAUCAUGAAUGGAACACUGAAUUUUGUAUAGAUUCUAACCAUAAUACAUCGGGAAUGACCUAUAAUUCGAGUGGGACGAACGCGACAGUUUUUUCGGUAGUUCUUCCAGCUAGCAAUUCAACUUUAAAUAAUGUGACCUACCGAACUGCAGCCCAGGAAUAUUAUAACAUUUAUGUUCUACAGAAAUCUUCUGGUAUUGACGAUAUUGGUUCUAUAAAUUGGAGAUUGUGUCUUCUAUUACUACUUGCUUGGUCAAUUGUUUUGAUAUGUCUAAUCAGAGGUGUACAAUCGUUGGGCAGAGUUGUCUAUUUUACAGCUUUAUUCCCCUAUGUUAUGCUGACUAUAUUACUAAUUAGAGGCGUUACUCUAAAGGGAGCUUCGCAAGGAAUCAUUUUCUAUUUAAAGCCAAAGUUUAGUGAGUUGCUAAAUGCUCGAGUUUGGUGUGAGGCUGCAGCACAAAUAUUUUAUUCAUUAAGUUGUUGUACAGGAGGGCUGAUUGCGAUGUCUUCGUUCAACAAAUUUAAACAGAAUUGCCUUAAAGAUGCAUUAAUUGUGGCUUUUAUUAAUUGUUUAACCUCCUUUUAUGCGGGGUUUGUAAUUUUUAGUGUUUUAGGAUUUAUGGCCUAUGAAAAGAAUGUUGAUGUCAGCAAAGUCGCUGUUGGUGGACCAGGAUUAGCUUUCGAAGUUUAUCCAGAGGCAAUAGCAAGAAUGCCUGUACCUGCCUUAUGGGCUAUACUUUUUUUUCUGAUGAUGGCUACUCUAGGUUUUGGAUCGCAAUUCUCGCAAGUGGAGUGCUUUAUUUGUGCUUUUACUGAUGAAUGGGCUCAUAUUAUCAGAAAAUCCACUGCUACUUCAAUUUUAUUCAGAGUUAUUGUAAUGGCGAAGUUCUUUCUAUUAGGAUUGCCCAUGGUAACUUACGGUGGGAUGUAUAUAAUUAAUCUUGUAGAUUCGAAUGCUGGAGGAUUUCCACUUUUAGUGAUAGGUUUUUGCGAAGUUAUAGCAAUAAAUUGGGUUUACGGGUAUAACUUUUUUUCAAAAGACAUUGAACUUAUGCUUGGUAAACCACCUGGAUUAUAUUGGAAAGUAACUUGGAAAUUUGUUACACCUCUAAUUAUAUUCCUUACUAUUUUAUUCAAUAGUAUAUCAUAUAAGAAUAUGACAUUAGGCGAUUACAAGUACCCGCAAUGGGCUAUCGUUUUAGGAUGGCUGGUUGCUUUGUUUCCCAUUAGUAUGAUUCCUAUAUUCUUUUUGUAUCGGUAUUGUACUGAAGGAGGCCAUCAGCUUGUUCAGGCUCUAAUGAAACCAGCAGCUGAUUGGGGUCCUGCCAAAACCGCCGAUAGAACUGGACGUUAUGCUCCAAAGAUUAAGAGUGUAAAAUUUAGUAGACAAGAUAGCAUUUUUAAAGACGGUACAAGGGGUGUUAUUAAAAUAUCACUUAAUGAAAAUCGUCAAGAAUUGUCAUCAAGCCAAAAGGAAAGGGAAAAGGAUAUUGAUGAAGAGAAAAUAGAAUUAAAACAGACUGACUCUUUCGCAUAAACUACACUUAGAAAUUAUAUUUUUUUGUUUAACUUUAAAUUUUUCAGAUUUUAUUUUUGUAAAAUACAAUUUAUUUAUAUAGGUC